UGGUCUCUGGGGGGGGCCUCUUGCGGGUGUGUGCAGUGCCGUGGGGGAGGGGGCAGGGGGGUGGUUCCCGUUAGGACCGAGGCAUCCUGUGCCACCUGCCUCCGGGGCCACUGGCGUGUGUUGAGAUGCUGAGAGAGGUGUUAUCGGGUGUGUGUGCUGCCAGUAAGGCAGGGCCAGCCGGACGCCAUCGAGGGAAGAGUCCCGGGGGAAGGUGGGCUCCGUGGAGAGAAAGCAGCAGCACGCGUGUCCCUGUGAGAGCAGGUGCCGGGAGGUGGCGGGAACCCAGGGCUGCUGGAGCUGGAAACUCGGAAAGCUGGCAGCCUGCCCCCCCCCCCACGUUCCCAGCAGCCCAGCCGGCCCCGGCUGCCGUGCGAGUAGGGUGAGGCCAGAGGCCGGGGCCUGGAAGAGUGGGGACUGGGUAAAUAAAUGUCUGUUUUCUCUGAGUGCCCGGGAGGUGGAAGGGGUCCUGAUGGUUGGGUUCAGAGAGGUCCUGACUGCGGAGGAGGUUGUCUUCUUGCCGUGGAGAGGGUGAUGGAGACUUCCAGGGGUCAAAGGUAAAGAUGCUGCUCUUCUGCAGUUUGGAUAGUCCCCAGCAGUGCUGACAUUCGGGGCGUCCCGGGAACUGUGGGGCUGAGCAGCAUCCCCGAGGCCCGCCCGGUGCUAGGAGCACCCCCAGUUGUGCCCCCAGACACUCCCCAGUAUCCUCUGACAGAUGAGACACCUGUUUCGUCCCAUCUGCUCUUUUCAGCUGGGUCCCCGGGGCGUCCCUGCUGCCUGCUCCCGGGCUUCAGGUUUGUGUGCUCUAGUGGGAAUGAGUUUGGAGCCUGUAAUGUUGACCGUGACGUUGGGAGGUGCUCUGGGUGACUACUUCUGUCUCCGGUGCUGGCCAUGGGUCGAGCACUUUCACCGGGUGACGUGCCUCCUCUGCUGGCAGCCGCUCCUCCCUUGUUUGACUGAGGCUUUUGCCCAGUACCAGGGAGUGCUGCUGGGGGACACUGGUCCUGCCUGGGGGAGGGCAGGUGCAGGGCCUCACAGGGGGAGGCUGAGGGUGUCGGGAGUUUACGCCAGGCACCAGGGCGUCCUGGGGUUUUCUCUUGCAGGCGUCACUUGACUGGCCCCCCACAGUGGUCUGGGAGGGGGCGAGCUCCUUUGCCGGCAGGAGGGUAGGCUGAGCUGCUGCGGGCAGGGCCUGAGCCCCAGGACUUGGUGUCUGCUGCUGUGGGGUGGCUGCCGGGCCCGUGUUGUGUCCCUCGCUCCAGAGCUGCUGCCUUCCCUGGGCAGACAAGCAUAUACUUAGGGAGACCCGGUCCCGGGCGACCUCCCUGGAGGGGCAGGACUGUGCAGACUAGGCUCUGCGCUGCGCACGUCAGGCAGAAGAGCCGUAGGCGGAGCGGCCGCGCCCGGCCCAGGCUCUCGGCUUCUUGGCCUCCGGAGCCAAGCCGUGCCCUGCCGCUGCCUCCCAGGCAAGGUGGCGCUUUCUGAAGCCUGCCUGCCCCCUGGGAGGGGGCGGAGCCGCAGUGGCUGGCUGGGGCCAGGGAGGCCGCUGAAGGUCUGCUUCCUGGCCUGAGCACCAUGGGGCUGCCCUGAGGUGCGCGGAGCGGGAGCGGCACCGUCCUCCACGGGGGUUUCCAGCCUGGCGGGUGGGGGGCCGGUGGGUUAAGCAGAGCUGGUGCCACCAAGCGCUUGUGCAGAGCCCCUUCCAAGAGGGGUCACCAGCACCUCCUGUCGGCGCGGGCCCUGGGAGCCACCUCUCCCGGGCCCUCCUGGUAGUAGCAUUGCCCAUUGCCUGACUCUGGGUCACCUGGCGGGGCCUGAUGGAGCCAGGAGGUCCCCGUGGUGGUUUGUGGGGUUUGGGAACUGUGGGGGGGCCCGUGACUCUCAGCUUCAGCUGAGUAGUGACUGUUGUACCCUCAAGAGCAGGGAAGGGCUGGGGUGGGAUGCCUGUGGUCAGCUGGGCCCUUAGUCCGCAGAGUCCUGUCCAGGCCUGAGAUGUGCGCGGCGUACCGCGGGUCCGUCUGGGCCGCUGCAGGGCUGCUGGCUGGCUGUGCAUUCCCCCGCCCUGUGCCAGGCUUGCCCACGCGUCUGCAGUGACUGCCCGCGGUUUUGCUGCCUGGGUCGCGACGGAGCUGCUUCCAGAUAGUCCUGCCGGAGGCCCUGUAGUCUCUGGGGCUCAGAGUUGGGGCUCCGUGCUGGGGCUCAGAGGUGGCCUCCCAGGACCCCGGGAACCUUGUGGCUCCUGCGCGUUCCCCUGGGGGAAGUCCGCCCUUGGAGGGGGAGCAGAGGAGCUGGGAACAGGAACAGCAGCUAGUCGGGUGCCGCCUGGAGGCUUGGGGUGCUCGCUGUCCCCGACAGACGGGGGAGCCGCUGUGAAGGUGCCCCGAGUGUGCAGCUCAGAGAGCCCAGGGCCAGGGCCAGGGCGAGCCUGCUGUUCCUCGGUCGUGAAGAUCUCUCCUAGCCGAGGACUUUCCGUAACUUCAGACUUGUGGGACGGAGCGAAAUAGUGAUCGGAGAAGCCAGGUUCUCUUUCCCCGCCAGCUCAGCGCUGCGGUCCCCCUGCGGCAGGUGCCCCUCCCAUGCGGUGGGUGCCACUCGUGGGAUGUAGCAGGGAGUGACGGGAGCCCCGGGAGCCUUCAUGCGGACGCUUGGGUGUGUGCUCUCUUCUGAGACCUGGAGCCUUCUCUGAAGUCCGUGCAGCACGACGGACAAACGAGGGCGCAGGGCUGCCGGCUUCUCACUGCCAGUCCGUGGGGCAGAGUUCGGUGGUGUGUCUGGUCUUUUCUCCUUGGUGCCAGAUUUUGGCAUUUCCGUGAGGGGUGGAACCUGGACUGGCCCGACGAGUUCCUUCGUCCGUAGGUGGGCGGGGCUGGAGGACUGGGUUGCUUGGGAGGGUGCCUGCGUGCGGCCUUCUGUUUGGUGGGGGGCAGGCUAGAUGGGCGCUGGUGUUUGUCUCAGUGAAUCAGGUUUCGGUGCUUGAGAAGGCUGGGGGUGUCUGUGUCCUUCAUGAAUCUGCUUUUCCACGGCAAACCCGCUCCUUUCCUGUGGGUAAGGAGUGGGCAAGCUGGCAGCUCCUCGCGGCGCCAGCCAGCCCCGGGGCCUUCAGUCAUCUGCUGCCUUCGCCUCCGCUGGGUGCCCGGCCCUGCGAGGGCGGGCGGGGCCUGAGGCCCAGCGUGCUGGGGCAGCGCCCUGGCUGGCCGCGGGGGGCCCCCUCUCCCCAGGGAUUGUUUGCAGGCAGGGGGAAGCCUGGCCUGAUUUUGAGGGGUGCGUGGGAGACACGAGUUUCAGCUAAUAAGCCCCAAACGUAAGCUUCCGUCUGCUGCUUGAUCAGCACGUUCUGGGAGCCCGUCCUCACAGAGCGGCCUUGCGGCCCGCACAGCCCCACGAGUGUGGCCUCGGCCGGGGGUACCUGUCCCACUCCUCCUCAGCCCGGUCCACUGUGCCGUGGCCUGUCUGUGGCCCUUGUGAGGAUGGCCGUGGCUGUCUCUCCGGUGGUGGGGCCAGUGUUUCUCACACACUGAAUUCAGAAGGCCCUGGGAGCGAGGCCCCAGCAGUCCUGCUGCCUGCGGGAGGCACCCUGCCAGGGGCUGGCACGCUGAAGCUCGAGUCUCCAGAUGCAGCGGGGGUGGCAGGUGCGCUGGCUGCCUCGAAGGGGUCUGUCCCCGGGGUGGAGGACAGGCCCCCCUGUUCCUCGGCGGCCUGCGGGGGUCUUUUUGUCUUCAGGCUGAGUGUGGUGUGGUCGGCUCCAGACAAGGGGACCGCGGGACCCUAAGUCUCAGACGGGGACGGACCCUCGACCAUGUGCUGGCGUCUGAAGCCCUUGCCGGAAGCUCUUCGUGGGCGGUCUUGACUGGAGCACCACCCAAGAGACUCUGCGCAGCUACUUUUCCCAAUAUGGAGAAGUUGUAGACUGUGUGAUCAUGAAAGAUAAAACCACCAACCAGUCGCGAGGCUUUGGGUUUGUCAAAUUUAAAGACCCAAACUGUGUGGGGACGGUGCUGGCCAGCAGACCACACACACUAGACGGCCGAAACAUUGACCCGAAGCCGUGCACGCCUCGAGGGAUGCAGCCAGAGAGGACGCGGCCCAAGGAAGGAUGGCAGAAAGGACCCAGGAGCGAUAACAGUAAAUCAAAUAAAAUAUUUGUCGGUGGGAUUCCUCACAAUUGUGGUGAGACAGAGCUCAGGGAAUACUUCAAGAAAUUUGGAGUGGUCACAGAAGUGGUUAUGAUCUACGACGCAGAGAAGCAGAGGCCUCGAGGUUUUGGAUUUAUUACUUUCGAGGACGAACAAUCAGUGGACCAGGCUGUCAACAUGCAUUUUCACGACAUCAUGGGCAAAAAAGUGGAAGUUAAACGGGCUGAGCCACGGGACAGCAAAAGCCAAGCGCCGGGACAGCCAGGUGCCAGCCAGUGGGGCAGUCGGGUCGUGCCCAGUGCUGCCAAUGGCUGGGCAGGCCAGCCCCCACCCACGUGGCAGCAAGGAUACGGCCCGCAAGGAAUGUGGGUUCCAGCAGGACAGGCAAUUGGUGGCUACGGACCGCCGCCCGCAGGGAGAGGAGCGCCCCCGCCGCCCCCACCAUUCACCUCGUACAUCGUGUCCACCCCUCCCGGAGGGUUCCCCCCUCCUCAGGGCUUCCCACAGGGCUAUGGUGCCCCCCCACAGUUCAGCUUCGGCUACGGGCCUCCACCUCCCCCACCGGAUCAGUUCGCCCCGCCAGGGGUCCCUCCUCCACCUGCUACUCCAGGGGCAGCACCUCUGGCUUUCCCUCCGCCUCCGUCUCAGGCCGCCCCAGACAUGAGCAAGCCUCCAACGGCCCAACCGGACUUCCCCUAUAGUCAGUACGGUUACGGACAGGACUUGGCUGGCUUCGGACAGGGCUUCUCAGACCCCAGCCAGCAGCCCCCCUCCUACGGGGGCCCCUCGGUGCCAGGCUCGGGGGGGCCCCCCGCCGGCGGCAGUGGCUUUGGACGAGGUCAGAACCACAACGUGCAAGGGUUCCACCCGUACCGACGCUAGCUGGCCGGCACCUUGCGGACGUCAGGGCGGCUGAGACCCAGGAUUUAGAACUUGUGAACUCGUGACAAUCACAAACUUGGCAGAAAAAUAGCGACUCGAUGGUGGGGGGAGGGGGGCGAGAGGCUUUUGGAGGCGGCGGUGGGUGUCUGGACUGAAGUUUUUAAAUAUAUUUCUUUCUCUAACCCAUCAGCACAAUAAAAAAAAGUCACUGGUUCAACAACAGGGUUUAAAAAAAAAGUCUUCAGCUUUAAUUCAAAACUUCAGGUUUCUUUUUCUUCCUUUUUUUUUUUGAAAUUAUUUUCCUGAGCCUUUUGUUUUACCGUAUAUUGUAAACUUUUAUGUUAAAGAAAAAAUAUACAUUUACAAAUUGUGAGAUUUUUAAGAGAAAUUUUCUACGAUGUAUACUGGCUUAUUUUUUAAUUUAAAAAGCAGGGUUUCCGUCGGCACUGGUGGUGGUGAGGGGCGUUCUCAGCCCCUCCCUCCGGGCUUUGAGGGUUGGGGCUCGUUGGUCCAGAAACUCUGGGAGCUUACAGAAGUCUACUGAGCGCGUUUUGUUUUUUUGUUUCUUCCUUGCUUUUGUCGACUGGCCUGCGGGCACCGUUGGCCGGUGCGCUGUGGGGGCCGCGCCCGCCCAGCCUCUGCAGGCGCCCACCCCGCGCCCGCCCCUGCACCAGGGACAGGGAGGCCUUGUCAGCCGCUCUCACGCGCACGUGGUGUCAGGGCGUCCCCACUGACCAGUUGGACCCUGGUUUGAAUAAAGACAAGUGCGUUUGGAUUAGAAA